CUGCCGACGAGUUCUCUGAAAGUUAAGAGGGGUGUACACCCCCCGCACGCUACGCCACUGUCUGAAUGAAUUAGCUCUACUCUGAUAUCUUUAGAUGUGAAUUAUGGAAUAUGACCAAACCAAUAAGUCAUUCGCAAAUACUGGUUAUAACUUCAUAUCAGUUUCAAAAGGUUCAGAUGGCGCUCUCUAUUGAAAUACGCUAAAAAUAUGAAUGAGCCUUAAAUGCUUUUUUACAGACACCAUUUUGAUGUCAUCCAUCUGCGGUUGCUUCUUCGUAAGGAAGAUCGAUAGUUUAUAGGGAUUGCUGUCCAACAAAGAGAGGACCAAAAAUGAAUAGAUGAUAUUUAUCUCGUCCUUGUAACCCUGUGAGACAAGUUUCCCGCCACUAGAGAAUGGCCUAACCAAACGGAGACACCAAAACAUGGCUCAGUCAACGAAAGAUAAUUUUUUACAGUCUUACUGGAGCGAUUUGAACCUUCCAUGCACUACGAGGGGUUCCUCAAAAGUUGAUGUAGAGCCUGAAAUAAAUAAAGCUGAAAGAUUACGGAAGAUGCAAAAGUUCUUGGAAAAAAUGAAGCAAAGUAAUCUGAUCAAUGAAGAUUUGUAUCUUGCACUUGUUGCCCCUAUCCAAGAACAAUAUGCAAAGCUUUUUGACAGUUUGGAAGCAGAAAAUGGUCUAAACAAUUUUGCUGGGGCAAUAAUGAACAUAGUGUCAGGAAGAAGAAAUGGAUCUGAGUCCUGGUGCAGCUCUUGGAGCUUAGCUGAAAGGUCUUCAAAUUCAUCUUUAGUCAAGGAGAUUUUGAAUCAUGCCAAGGAGGAAGAAAAAAGCGAAAAGAGAACAUUGAAAUACAUCGCACGUGAUUUUAAGUCUGACUCAGCCAGUCAGGGUGUGAAGGAAGCGAAUUUUACCGCGCGGAAGGCAGAAGCGAUUUCAUGUGACUUGCCCACCAAAACCUGUAAUCCAUUGAAACUUAAAAGUCCAUGGAGUGAAGGUAGAAAGUUACAAGAGGAAGAAAAAGGCACAGUUAAACGGGUACCCGAAAAAGUGAAAUAUGAAGCGGCUUUUACUAAACGAAAACAUCCGGAGGACGUUUCGCAGCCAAGCAAGCAAGCCAAAAUUGUACCUUUCUUGGUGAAUUCAACUGCAUCAAACGAGACAAAGGCCAAAGAAGAUCGCUUUCGUUUCACCCCAAAUGAAGCAUCAGCGCACCCUUCUGAGGGUCAAAAACGAAGCCGAAGUGUAAUAUACAACAAGGCAAAGAACCGCAAAUGGCACCCUAACAAUCAGUACAAGAAUAACACUGAUAACACUGAGGACGAAGACGAGAAUCCAACUUUGCAGGGUAAAAAUACGUUUAUGACAGCAAGGGAUCAAUACGUAAUCGACCAAAGAAAGAAGAACAAACCCAAUUCAUCCAACGAGAGCAAGCUUAUUAUGCAUUCUGAUUACGGCCAAACUAAGAAGUCACUUGGAACUCGAAGGGGAGGAUCUAGCAAGUUCGUCCCGCCUGUAAUGAACCGGGAGGCAAAUGGACAUGGAAGCACUAACAGUAACGGCGACAGUAAUUUUCAAGAUGAAAGAUUAAAAAACAUCGAACCAAGAAUGGUCGAAAUGAUUGAGAAUGAGAUUAUGGACCACGGGGCCCCUGUGUCCUGGGAUGACAUUGCUGGGCUGGAGUUUGCAAAGAAAACGAUUCAAGAAAUUGUGAUAUGGCCCAUGUUAAGACCCGAUAUAUUCACGGGUUUAAGAGGGCCUCCAAAGGGACUGCUGCUAUUUGGCCCCCCUGGCACUGGAAAAACACUUAUUGGUAAAUGCAUCGCCAGCCAGUCCCAUGCUACUUUCUUUUCAAUCAGUGCCUCGUCACUCACCUCAAAAUGGAUUGGAGAAGGAGAGAAGAUGGUUCGAGCGUUGUUUGCAGUGGCUCGAUGUCACGAUUCUGCCGUGAUUUUUAUCGAUGAAAUUGAUUCAUUGUUAUCACAGCGAACGGACGGUGAGCAUGAAGCUACACGGAGAAUUAAAACGGAGUUCCUUGUUCAGCUGGACGGAGCAACAACUAAAAAUGAAGAUAGAAUUUUAGUGGUCGGUGCCACGAACAGGCCGCAAGAACUGGACGAAGCCGCAAGAAGAAGACUCGUGAAAAGGCUGUAUAUACCUCUCCCUGAAGACGAGGCUAGGAAGCAAAUUGUUCGGAAUUUAAUGACAGAGCAAAAUUGUUCAUUGAUGGAUGAAGAUUACUCAAAGAUUGUGGCUUCUACACAAGGCUACUCGGGUGCUGACAUGGCUAAUCUGUGCAGAGAGGCUGCUUUAGGACCCAUUCGAAGCAUUGGCAUGAAAGAUAUUCGUUUCAUCACUCCUGAUGAGGUUCGGCCUAUAUUGUUGCAAGAUUUCGAAAGUGCCUUAAAAAGCAUUCGACCAAGUGUGUCACAGAAAGACUUGGAGGCAUAUACAUCAUGGAACCAGCUGUAUGGCAGUGGUGCAUUUUAACUGGUACUUCUGAACUAUUUUAGCUGGCCGAGGUGUUUAGUAUCUCGCUCCAAUGUAACUAUAAAUUUUGUUUCCCAUUGUUAUUUACAUUUUAAAUUU